AUGAAAGCUAACGUGCAUGUUAGAGACUAAAUGUUCCCUAUUUUCUGUGGAUCUGGUUCCCAGAAAGUAAGAUGGCUAUCUGAUGUAGCACUUCAUAGAUAUGAGCACUUCUUCAAUGUAGAUCCUGGUCUUGCAAAAGGUAUGAGAUAUGAAAAUGGCACUUUGAUUGAUAUGGAUAGUAUAAUAUGCGAUAAACUCGAGAAUGAAAUUCAUGUCUGGGUUAUCCUUAAAGAAGAUCUUGCACUCAUGGAAGCAGAGCAAUAAAAAUAAAUUGAAAACCAAAAUAAUUGA